ACGAGAUUGACUUGAAAGAGACGAAUGAAACAUGUUGCACAUAUAUAAAUGUAAAUACAUAGGUUCUUUUCUUGUGGAUGGCUGAAAUAAGGUAAGUUAGUUUGCAGAAGUACGGAAAAGGAAGCCGCUUGAAGCAUCUUGAAAAAAGAAGGAAAAGGAUGGAAACAAAGACAGAGAAAGCAGAGAAGAGAAGAGAAGAGAGCAUCGCUCCCUCACUCUCCUUCCAAGCAAAGUCACCUCACCUCCAAGAUAGAAGUAGCAUAGUAAAUGAAGCUGUAUCACAUCAAAGGAUAUACCAAUAUUAACAUUUCCGCCGUAUUUCUUCUAUGUUCCUCCAAACAUGAAUAUAUAAAAUCAUUCCAGUGAAAAAAUGUGCAUGUAUUUUAUUGUAAUUGUUGCAUUACAACUCACAUGAUUUAUGACAAAACUCAACUAAAUUCUAAAUAACUCCAGCAGAUACCAACCUCACUUUGUGAGCUUUGUGUCAGCUGGAAGGGCCAGUUGAAUCAGAUGCUUGCUUUUCUCUUUUUUUUUUCCCCUUUUAAUGUUCUUUGCUGCUGCUACCAGUAAUGUCUCUCACCGCACGGCGUAAUCACAAUUCCCUUUUUGUUUCUUUCUACAUGAGACUUGGGACAAGUUGAACUAUUCCUUUUUCACAUUUCCCUUUCUCUCUGUUUACACACCAAAACCAGAAGAUGGUUCUAUAAAUAACACGGCCUCCAUCGUGUUACCCUCAUCCUUAUUUUUCUACACGGUUUCAGCAGUUCAUAAACGUCAUGGCUAACCCUCCCCCAGUUCGUCCCUGGUUCCGCUUAGCCUCCAUUCGCUCAACCCCUGCUGCCCCUGCCCCUGCCCCUGCCUCUGCCCCUACCCAAGAGCCUCGCAUUACGUUGGGCCUGCCCGCAUUUAGAACUGCUUCGGCACCUUCAUCACCACAAUCUCACCCUACUCAACCUCAACCUCAAUCUCAACCUCAUCCUGCUCCAGAACCUUCAUCUCAACCUAACAGAUAUUCUUCUUCUUCACUCCCAAAUUCUCCGGUCCAUAAGGCCAUACUUACAACAUCUUCCCCCCCACGUUCCUCCCCUGAGAAGAAUUCGCGUGUGCAUGUCUCCAGUCCCACUCACUCUCCUAAAACAAUUAAGCAAUCUGAUCGUAGCCCAAUGCGCUCGCCAAACAAUAGCAGAACCAUCACUCCUCCACCUUCUCCUCUCACCCUCCCACCUUCCCAGUUCAAGACCGAGCCCAAGAUACCUGAACAGCCUGAGCCCAAAACCGUGCUGGUCCAGAAAACCAUCGACAGACCCAGGCCAUGGCACAAUGGCGCCACUGAAACGCACAAAAACAAUGCCCAUGCCCAUGCCCAUGCCCAUCAUGGGAAACACGUCACUGGCAAGGAAAGUGAAUCCAAGGAGAAGGGUAUCCACAAAAAGCUUUCGGAUUCCGAGGACUCUGGCAUGAGGGUCAUAACCAUUGCUGGAGAAAACAGAGGGGCUUUCAUGGAACUGAUCCAGUCCCCGAAGAAACCCGAAUCGAAGUACCUUCACAAGAAGGGGAAUUCGAGCAUAAGCGUGGAUGGGGUGGAGUCGGAGGGUUCGAGUGCUGAGGAAGGGAACAAGAAGGAUAAGAAUCAGAAAGGUAAAACAGCGUCUUCGUUCCCCAUGGCUGCGUACAUGAACAGCAACGUGCAGUGUGUGAACAACUCGCUCCUGUACAACACUUCUUGCUCCCACCACGACCCCGGAGUGCGCCUUUCUCUUUCAAAGAAACCAUUCGGUGAAGGUUUCCAUCUGAAGGAACACGCUGAUGGUCACCACGCUUGAUUCCAGAGAUAAUGUUGUUGGAAUUGCUGUUAGUUGUUUUGAGCUUCUGGCUUACGUUAUGUUAUGUUAUGGUAAGAUAAUAUGGUAUAUGGCAUAUUAUAUAUUGGAGAAAAAAAAAAAAAAGGUUGAGUGGCCAACUUGGGGCACGCACGAAUUCUAAUUCUUCUGCUUCGCCCUUGUCUUUUGGAGCAAAGUUGAAGAUUCUCCACUGCCCUCGGUGGAAAAUAAAUAUCUUUAAUAAUCUAUGUAUGGGUGAUGCUUACGGCUUUAUUCAAACACUUACUGUUUUUGUAUGGAAGAAAUUCUUAGCAGUCUAUUCAUGGGGGAGAGGGUUGUGUAUAUCGUUCAUUUUCCUUUGUUAAUUCAUCAUCUACACUAUGUGCUCCUUGCAAUAAAUCUCUAUCACCAAUAUAAUAUUAA